UCCCUAAUUCCGGCCGCUUUCUCAGCUCUGUGCCACAGGCGCUUACUUGUGCGCCUGCGCCGUGACCUUGACAGGGCGCAUGCGCUGGGCGGGACUGGCCGGGUUGAAAGCUAUGGCGUGGGUACCCGCGGAGUCUGCAGUGGAAGAGUUGAUGCCCCGGCUGCUGCCGGUGGAACCCUGCGACUUGACGGAAGCUUUCGAUCCCUCGGUACCCCCGAGGACACCUCAGGAAUACCUGAGACGGGUCCAGAUUGAAGCAGCUCAAUGUCCAGAUGUUGUGGUAGCUCAAAUUGACCCAAAGAAGUUGAAAAGGAAGCCAAGUGUGAAUAUUUCUCUGUCAGGAUGCCAACCUGCCCCUGAAGGUUAUUCUCCAACACUACAGUGGCAACAACAACAAGUAGCACAGUUUUCAAUUGUUCGACAGAGUGUGAAUAAACAUAGAAGUCACUGGAAGUCACAACAGUUGGAUAGUAAUGUGACAAUGCCAAAAUCUGAAGAUGAAGAAGGCUGGAAAAAGUUUUGUCUGGGUGAAAGAUUAUGUGCUGAAGGGGCAAUUGGGCCAGCAACAAAUGAAAGUCCUGGAAUCGAUUAUGUACAAAUUGGUUUUCCUCCCUUGCUUAGUAUUGUUAGCAGAAUGAAUCAGGCAACAGUAACUAGUGUCUUGGAAUAUCUGAGUAAUUGGUUUGGAGAAAGAGACUUUACUCCAGAAUUGGGAAGAUGGCUUUAUGCUUUGUUGGCUUGUCUUGAAAAACCUUUAUUACCUGAGGCUCAUUCACUGAUUCGGCAGCUUGCAAGAAGAUGCUCUGAAGUGAGACUCUUAGUGGAUAACAAAGAUGAUGAGAGGGUUCCUGCUUUGAAUUUAUUGAUCUGCUUGGUUAGCAGGUAUUUUGACCAACGUGAUCUAGCUGAUGAGCCAUCUUGAUGGAGCUGAUGUCUCAGGGACAGAAGAUAUUUCUGAAGGCAGCCUAUGUCUGAAUAAGUGCAGUGCCAACUCGAGUAGAUUGUGUCACAUCUUCAACUUCCGAAGGAUCCUCAUCUUGGCCUGUGCAACUCUGGUUGAUACUUAGAAUAUAACUGCAUUGGUUUGGAUGUCUGAAAUAGCCAUGGAAAAUCUUACCCAGCUUUUGAUACUGAUUUGAACAGUUUUCUGCAAUGACAUGCAUUUAAAAUAAAUUGAGUGC